CAAACAGGAACUAAAACAAUUCAAAUAUAUUAUAGAACGACAUUUUAAAAGUCGUUAAUAAUUCUUUAGUGGAGUGCUUAUAAUAAAUUAACAGGCAGGAUCCACAAUUAUUUCAGAGCAAAAAGCAUUUUGAGUCAUUAAGUGAAAAAUUAAACAUCUGAUGGUUAAUACUUGCAAGCACCUUGUUAAAUACUGAUAACUAUCUUCAUACUAAAUUUGCUAAUACCGAAUAGUUGAAUCAGAGUUUUGCAACAGUAUAUAGUACUGUUUGCUAUCCAAUUAAGAAAUAGACAAAUUCUGAUCAAUAAUUUAAACAAAAAAAAAUGACAAUCCUUAACCCCAUAUUUAAGGAUAUAACCGAGGAGCAAAAGAAAUUGAAUUCUUUUGCUGCUAUGGUUCCUGGUCAAACCAUUGUUGAAAUCCCUUCUUAUGAUCUCGAAUGUGGUGAAACUUUAAAGAAUUUCCCAGUAGCAUAUAAAACCUGGGGAAGAUUAAAUGAAGAUCGUGAUAAUGUAUUGUUAAUUUGUCAUGCAUUAACGGGUUCAUCUGAUGUUCAAGAUUGGUGGGGUCCUUUAUUAGGCAAUGGUAAAACAUUUGAUCCUUCAAGAUUCUUUAUUGUUUGUAUAAAUUUCCUUGGAUCACCUUAUGGAUCAUGUUCUCCUUUAACUGUUGAUAAAUCAACAGGUAAACCUCAUGGUCCAUUAUUUCCUUUAAUUACUGUUAAAGAUGAAAUUGGUAUUCAAAGAUUAAUUUUAGAUUCUUUAGGUGUAAAAGGAAUAUCUUGUGUAAUUGGUGGAUCAAUGGGAGGAAUGCUCACAUUAGAAUAUUCUGCUACUUAUAAUAAUACCGGUUAUGUAAAGACUAUUAUUGCAUUGGCUACUUCAGCUAGAGCUUCAGCUUGGUGUAUUUCAUGGAAUGAAACUCAAAGACAAUGUAUUUUCAGUGAUCCAUUUUAUGAUGAUGGAUAUUAUUAUGAAAAUGGUAGUGGAGUUAAACCUGAUUCAGGAUUAAGUGCUGCUAGAAUGGCUGCCUUGUUGACUUAUAGAUCUCGAAAUUCAUUUGAAACUAGAUUUGGUAGAAAGUUACCAGCAACACAACUUACACCAUCUAAACCAACCACAAAGGAAGAAGAAAUUAAACAAGAAAGAGAGACUGGUAUAAGAUAUCCAAAGACAACGGAUGAAGAGAAUUGGUUAAUACAUAAUGAAGGUUCAAGAUCAACAUCAUUAAAGAACUCUAAUUCUGCCUCAAGUAAUUCAAGUCAUAAACCACAAACUUAUUUCACAGCUCAGUCUUAUUUAAGAUAUCAAGGUAAUAAAUUUAUUAAACGUUUUGAUGCUAAUUGUUAUAUCUCAAUCACUAGAAAAUUAGAUACUCAUGAUAUAACUAGAGGCAAUGUUGAUGCUAGUGCAAAACCAAAUGAAGAUCCAUUGCCAGCAUUUUUACAAACUUUAACAGCACCACAUUUGAUUAUUGGUAUUGAAUCAGAUGGUUUAUUUACAUAUGGAGAACAACAAAUUUUGGGAGAAAAUAUACCUAACUCAGUUUUAAAGAAACUCGAUUCCCCAGAGGGUCAUGAUGCAUUUUUAUUGGAAUUUGAAGAAAUUAAUGGAUACUGUUUAGAAUUCUUACAACAGAAAUUACCCGAAUUUUAUGACGAUAAUUCAGGAAAGUAUGAACUUUUCGAAAAUUGGGCUGAAUUUGUUGACAGUGUGGACAAUGGAGGUAAUUCCGUAUUUGGAGAAGCAGAGAAAAACAUCACUAAUUGGUGAACAGAUCAUAACUAUUGUAAAUAGAGUACUUGUAAAUCAAUCUUUUAAUUGGCUUUAUAUUCGAAUAAUGCAAAAUUGUAUGU